UCUUUUUCUGGCUUGAGGUGAAGGUUGAGGUUAUGAAAGAUCGAUGCGACUAGGCAUGAGAAGAGAGACUGAUAGAGUCUGUUUGAUUUUAUGGAGGUUCUUUAAAUUUAAUUGCAUUUGUGCCUGUCUCAACAUUAAUUACUUGUAAUUAUAUCUGUGCUGAGAGAGAGAGAGAGCAGAUUGCGACGUGGUGUCAAUAUAGUCAGAGGUUUUUUUCUGCUCUUUCUUGUUGAUCCCUUCCUUUAUCCUACAAACAUUGAAGUUGGUGGAAAUCGAUCUUUGCUUUUGCAGGAAUCAAUUCGUUAGAGUUUCCCCAAAGCCCAAUAAAUCGUGUGCCCCCUUCAAGAAAGCAAUUUCUUUCAUCUGCCCCUGCUGUUUGACUUGUUCUUUGGGUAUUUAAGUCGAGGAUUCAAAAGAACGUGCCGCGACGCAUCUACUUGGAAACAUCUUGAUUACUUCUACCACGAGUACCUGAAGGUAAUAUCCUCGUAUUAUUUUUCUAUGAAAAUCUUUUGAACAACAACAAAUAGACGAACAAGAUGUCGAACUCAUUGGUUCCGGGACCCUUGCAAAUGCCUCAAAUGGCACCACUUCCGGGUAUUCAGGGUGUCAAGCUAAAUGUGUCCACGAGCGUAGGUGGUCAGUCGCCAGCCGCUGCACCUGCCGCAAUGCCUUCGAUGCAGAGGCAGCCACAAGGCGCUUCACCUCCGGCUCAGUACUAUUCAAUAAGUCUUCCGCAAUUCAAGAAAAGAUCAACAUCAGGAUGUUAAUUCAAUACAAGAUCAAGAUGUUGUUACCACGACGGACUUGCUUCUAAGUAGUAAUAUAGUACCUCAACCUCGGGCUUCGAUAAAAGUAGUCUAACCAUGUUUUAUACUAACUUUCUUAGUCUUCAAAAACUCUAAAACUAAAGAUGAAUAGCGAUAAGAAGGCGAAGAACUUGAAUUUCUACUUUCACACCAGAUCUCAAGGAGUACUGCAGACAGGCAUUCCGCAGGCAGUAGUGGAUAGCGGCAACGUGAGACUGGCGAACCAGUGGGAACGAGCUACUACUGUUUGCACCAGCAUAGAUUCUAUGCUUGCUACUCUUGCAGGUACAGCUACCUCAAGAACAUUUUAUCUUACAUGUUGAGGAAGAGGAUGAUCUUCAUUGAUUCUACAACUUCAAACAUGAACAACAUGGUCUUGUUCUAUCGUAUCACUACAUCUACUGACCAGCAGCAGCAUAAUAUCCAUUUUGUUCAAGUGGCCUGCUCAUCGAAAAUGAGAAACAAAAUCAAUAUUUACUAUUCCCACGCUUAAACAUCACCCCUUGCUCAGAACUGUACGAGGUGAACUCUUUCUGGAAGGAGAAGUACAUUGAGUCGAAGAAAGAACAUUUCUCCAAGUACAUGAAUACAAGUGCCUCUGGUCUUCUAGCAUCAUGCUUCCAGAGCUGGAAAGGAUACACAUUCGAGACUUUCUCAGACCGAAAGCUGGAAGGGUACUUCUCACUAAAUAAAGUUCUUUGACUUUAUUGCUUCGUCUCCUUUGAAUAUAUUGUCGUGAUCAUGCUGGUCCUGGUAGAAAGUCGUCAACUACAAUAAUAUUAAAGUGAAGUAGGGUGCAUCUAGAAGGAUUUUGAAUACAGUAAUCCUUCGCCCCUGAAGAGACCUUGACUGAGCGAUAAGGUAAGGACCUACCACCCGUAAGGCCGACCUCCACAAGGGUUCCACCUUUAAAAAUCAAACAGCAAACGAGAAGACAUUGACCAGCUGCACAAGGAUUGUCAAGCGCUGAUGGACCGAAGAGAGGACGCCUUGCAGAAAAAGCUUGCAGCCAUGGAAGCACGACACGAGCAGGCGUUAUCGGAGAUGGGAGCGGUGAUUGACAAGCAGAAUCAUGGGAUCAGCAAUCUGCAGUUUGAGAUUAAUGACAUCAUCGAGAAAACCGACACUGCGAAGGGCAUGAUGAAACAAGUUCGGGGCGCUAUCAUGGGUACUGCUGACCGAGUUGAUUGAUUAUCCAUAUAACUAUAAAAAUAAUGAUAGACAAAAAUAUUGAAGGAAAAGAUAGAGCAAUAUUCAAAACGAGCUCUACUUUCUCUGUGUAGCUUCUUGUUAUAGCUUGGUGGUGGAUUAGCAAUAACGUAUAUGAACAUAACGAUACUUUCUAGGUGUUCCGGAGAGCGAGUACAAGGUCUGCGAUCCGGACAGCCCCGACCCGCAUGUGAAGCCGAACGCGAACAGUUUUGACUAUACGAAGCAAACGCUGCACGACUUGUUGAACGAGGUCGAUCCGAAGUACGUACCCCCAGUGGGUUCGCUCUGCGUUGGUCCGCCGCCGGCUCCGAUCGGUUCCCCUCUGCUGCGAAAACUCGAUUACCAAGGGAAGGAUGUACUGGGUAUCACUGCAAGCAGAGGCUAAGACCCUCAUCUUGCAAAAGAUGAAGAUGUUAUUGCAACAAAGAAAUGCCUCUGUCUCGCACGAGGGUCUGUACAGUAUCGACAGGUCUACACAGCAUCGUGCUCGCUGCACAUAAAGUAACGAGUUGUAAUCGAAAGCAAAUAGAUUAUUUCGGGGAAUGUCAAAAACAGAAUCAUGAUAAUUAGACGCAACCGGCAAUCUACUCAUGUUGUAAAUAAAACGUUUCAUGUUCUUCUUGUUUAAUCCAGUUUGUGACAGAGGGUUCUUGUAAUUGUAUAGUGUUAUUGGAUAUUAGACAAAUUAUGGGAUCAAUCAAAGUCUAAAAAAUAAAACAACUGUCAUCCGUAGAUGUAGAAGCAGAAUGCAAAAUGUAUGUCAUCGUAGAUGAAAGAUUCGUGAUAUAUGAUUACUUCUUUUCGUUAUGAUUAUCAAAUAAUUAGAGGCACGCACUGAGAUUUAUUGGGUGUUGGGCAUAUACGUGCUAAGACAGAAUAGAUCGAUAAACCACGCAAAUGCAAAUUUCCUUUUUUCUUUGGGUUGGCUGGGCAUCGAGUUCCUUCUAGAAUAUUUUAAUAAAAUGGGAAGACAAUCAUUAUGACCAUGUGGGGAUGCACAGUGCGCUGUACUUAACUGGCUUGGCGCUUUUGAUUUAUUGUGUCAGAAUAGAAACGAUGACAAUCUUCAUGAUAAAUCGCACAAAAACCAAAAGAACGCAUGACGAAGAUUGCUAAAAGCGCAUAUUAUGAAGGACAAUCUACUUGGGAAAUGAAAGAAUAU